AUGUCAACACCUAAAAUAGUACCCUUUCGAAUCGUUUUUGUGGGCGAUGGAGGGAGUGGUAAAACAACAUUAGUUCAAGGUUUGUUUGAUGUCGAACCUGUACUUGAAAGAGAGUCAUUUAAUUAUCCUUAUUCUCCUGCUGAAAGAUUCUAUGAUCAAUCUGUAUCUGCUUUAAAUAUUCAAAUUUUCAUUUAUAGAGCACAAAGAUUUGAUAGACGUCAAAAUCAAGCUUAUGGUACUGCUAGAUUGGCAGUGGUAGUGGUUGAUGUUACCAAUCAAGUGUCUAUAUCGAACAUUGGCAAUUGGUGUGGAGAGAUUGAAAGAUACAGUCAUGAUAAUAUACAUGUACUGGUAGUUGGAAUGAAAUGUGAUGUUGAUGAAGAGGACAGAGUCAUGUCCAAAGAAGAGAUCAACGCAAAGAUUAAAACAUUCUCUAACCACCAAUACAUUGAAAUGUGCCGAGACGAUUUGCAUAAGAAAAAGACAGAGUUUAUGCAUAUUGUAAAGAAUUGCUUCAACGGUGAAGUGAUGUCUUGUUAUUCAACGGUACAACCAUUUUAUAGUCGUACUGGUCAAGGUACCCCCGCACAGUUUGGUGCUGGAUUGUAUGGUGCAUCUGCACGUUUACACUUGGAUGCGAUUCGAUGUGAUGAUUCCCACCACCUACCAUUUCAACUACCGGUUCGUAGAGUCACCUAUACUAUUGAAGCAGCUGCCAAUAACAACUCUCAACCAAUAUGUGAUCAAUUAUUCCAAAAGGUGGUGAUGAUUGGGACUGCACGUACCACCACACGUGAUGCUGCAAUCCCUUCGGUCUUUAAAUCGGUGUAUCUAGUCAGAAAGAUAUUUGGACAGGUCCGCGAGAUUCACAGACAAUUGGGACUGUGGACUGUACCAUUGUCAAGCAAUAACGCUGCUUUUUGGUGCUCCCAUCCUCGUCUUGUUGGUAUGCUACGAUACAAGUUUGCUUGUGGACAUGAUCCCAUCCAAUUCGAGUUGGCUUCCCACAACCUACGAAUAUUCCUUCGAAAUAAUCGUGACUUGGAUCUAAUGAAACGUUGCUGUGAUUUGAACAAAACACGUGUAGUUGGUACUAUUGAAUCGUGGUUUGUUGACGAUGCAUGGUAUCAGUGGACUGUCCAUGGAUUCAUGUACAGUGUUAUUUUUGGUUACUUGGAUAUUACAAAAUACAUAUCUCAAAAUAGUACCAUUGCAAGUCCAAAAUUAAUUAAAGCUUCUAGAAAAAAAGAUAAAUCAAACAAUAAUAAUAAUAUUAAUAAUAAUAAUAAUAAUAAUAGUGAUUCCUCUAUACUAUCAACAUUUAACCUUUCAGAACAUCAUAUUAAAGAAGCCAGUCAAUUGGCUCUAAAUAAUGAUUAA